AAGAGGUGAAAGGUAGCCUUCCAACCACUACAGAACAACGACUCUAACCUCUGCCUUUUCAAUUAUUAUUAGGAUAUUGUGAAGAGGAAACGGGGUCAAUCCUUUUGUUGUGAACAAUGAGUUUGAAUAGGAUUUUCGUGUUGUCUAACUCGUUAAAAGUUGGAAGAAGGUUAAUACGACCUGGAGUCGGACAAACAGGCAAAGAAGUCCUGUCACAUCUUCAGUUGCAGCGCUCCUUCAAAACUAACUCAAGGAACCUUGCCUAUGCCAAAGAUUUAUUUCUUGGUAAAGUAAACACGGCAGAAGUUUUCCCCUACCCGGAAAUUGCAAACGAAGAAUUAGAAGAAAUCAAUCAAUUGGUUGCUCCUGUGGAGAAGUUCUUCACCGAGGAUGUCGAUUCGAAGAGAAUAGAUCAUGAGGCCAAGAUCCCACCUGAAACGUUGAAUGGUUUGAAGGAGCUGGGUCUCUUUGGGAUUCAGAUCCCUGAGGAGUAUGGUGGACUCGGGUUGUCCAACACUAUGUAUGCCCGUCUUGGGGAGAUCACAACUCUUGAUGGUUCCAUCGCAGUCACUCUUGCAGCUCAUCAAGCUAUUGGUUUGAAGGGAAUCCUCAUUGCUGGUAGUGACGAGCAAAAAGAGAAGUACCUUCCCAAAUUAGCAACCGGGGAGCAUGUUGCUGCAUUCUGCCUUACUGAGCCUGGAAGUGGGAGUGACGCCGCCUCCAUACAGACCAAAGCAACGCUGACAGAGGACGGGAAACACUACCUGUUAAAUGGGUCAAAGAUAUGGAUAUCGAAUGGUGGCUUUGCCGACAUCAUGACGGUGUUUGCCAGGACAGAGGUGGUGGACCAAGACGGGCAGAAAAAGGACAAGAUCUCCGCGUUCAUUGUGGAGCGGGCCUUUGGUGGCAUCACAAGUGGCAAGCCAGAGGACAAACUUGGCAUCCGGGGCUCCAACACUUGUGAGGUGACUUUCGAGGACACCAAGGUGCCGGUGGAGAAUGUUAUUGGAGAAGUCGGCGGUGGAUUUAAGGUGGCCAUGAACAUCCUGAAUAGCGGCCGCUUCAGCAUGGGUAGUGCUGGUGCUGGAAUGAUCAAGAAGCUGAUUGGGCUGACCGCAGAGUAUGCAUCCACAAGAAAGCAGUUCAACAAGAAAUUGACUGAUUUUGGAAUGAUUCAGGAAAAGUUUGCCAUCAUGGCUAUGAAUGCCUUUGUGAUGGAGAGUAUGGCCUACCUCACAGCUGGCAUGAUGGAUAGGCCAGGGCUUCCGGACUGUUCUCUGGAGGCAGCCAUGGUGAAGGUGUUCAGCUCCGAGGGCGGCUGGGUGUGCUGUAGUGAGGCGCUGCAGGUGCUGGGAGGCCUGGGCUACACCAAGAACUACCCAUACGAGCGCUACCUCAGGGACUGCCGCAUCCUGCUCAUCUUUGAGGGCACCAAUGAGAUCCUGAGGAUGUACAUUGCGCUCACAGGCAUGCAGUACGCUGGCAAAAUACUGACGGGCAAAAUCAAGGAGUUGAAGAAGGGGAACGUGGGAGCUGUCUUUGACAUCCUGGGGACUAAGCUGAGGCAGUCUUUUGGCAGACCUCAGGAUCUGGGCCUGACUGGGAAGGACGGCGUGGUCCAUCCCAGCCUGACGGCCAGUACCAAGAAGUUUGAAGAGAAUGUGGUGUACUUUGGCAGUACUGUGGAGAACCUGUUGUACAGAUAUGGAAAGACGAUCGUGGACGAGCAGCUGGUGCUGAAGCGUGUGGCCGAUGUGCUCAUUAACCUGUACGCCAUGACCGCCGUGCUGUCCAGAGCCUCCCGCUCCAUCACCAUCGGCCUCAAGAACCACGACCACGAGGUGCUCCUUGCCAACACUUUCUGCAGUGAUGUCUAUUUCAAAAACAACUUCAUGAUGAGUCAGCUGCAAAGAAAUUCGCCAGAGAACAACGACGCAGACAUCAAGAAGAUUGCCCAACAGGUCCUAGAGAACAGGGCAUAUAUCUGCUCUCACCCGCUGGAAAGGACUUUCUGAAACGGCCCACUGUGACCUGAGAAGCCAUGGCUUCUUCUGCAUUAAUUGGACUCAUCACUGGUCUCCUCCUCUCGAUCCAUCCAUUCUCCCGGCCAGUCAGACGAAGUUUUUGAAAUAUUUCCUGAACAAAUGCCUUGUUCUGAUGUUAAUUUAACUGUGUGUACAUACUAUAUACAAUACAAAAUAGCUGCUUUAUUAAAGGAAGUGUUAUCUGUUUUUAAUGUUUUUAAUAAGCUUUUACUACUACCACCACUAUAUCGUAAAACUGUUUUUUGAAGUCUUGCGAGGGCCUUUGCUUCUAUAGAUCUAUAUAUUUUUUUUAUUUGAAGUUGUCUAACUGAAAUGCCUGGUGUUCAGCCCACCGGAGGGCCGCCGUAUCAUCGCGCUGAGGAGAGGAAGCCAGACGUGAGCCUGUGGGCGGGUGAAGCCCUUUAGGUAUUUAUUGUUAAUGCAGAUGGAGGACCACUGCUCUGUGGGUGCGCGUCUCGGAGACGUUCCUGGCCGGCCGUGCUCGGAGUGCCGUGGGCCGCGGCGGCAGUGUGGUGGUGGUGGUGGUGGUGGUGGCGGUGGCCUCUCUGGGGCUCCGGAAGCGAUACACCUCCAGCUCCUCCUCGGUCAGGGGCCGCGCUUCUCUCUUGUACUGGAACGAAUGUGGUCUCCAGUAGCCCCUGCCCAGAGGGGAAAUGACACAACGAAAAGCACACCGUUUUAGAAUGCGAGCCCUUGCACAGUCAGCAUGAUCUGAGCGUGUCUAGAUGCUGCUUUGUGAUCUCGCACCACUAAUGCAGUAGAAGUGAAUUUUCAAUUAGCUCUCUCUUAUUUUGCUUUCUGCAGUAAUAUGGUAUCAAUACGACGGAGUAUAUGAAGAUCUGUUAGUUGUUGAUGCACUGCAGUCUGACUUUAUUUGAUUAAAAAUCUUCCUUUCUUCAGUUUCAGUAUCAGAUCAAUGUCUUUCCUUACCUGAAAGGGUUGUGGUCCAGGAUUUGGUUCUGGUCCCCAUCAGACUGUGAGCCAUCAGGAAGGCAUGGUACUCUUCUCUGCCUCUCUUUGUUGGCUACUUCUGGGGUAGUAAUUGCUGUAGCAGUCUAUACACACACACACACAGAGAGAAAGAGAGAGUCAUUGUCAUAGUAAACCCUUAGUUUCCGUUUAUGACUUUUAUGACAGCCUUAAUUCUGUUCUGAAUUUAACAGUGUUGUGUAUCAACAUGCAGUAUUGUUGUGUAGGAUAUAAACACUUUUCUCUAACGA